AUGCUUUCGGGGCACCUAGAAGCCAAGGUCAGACAUCAUAGAAACAAUAUAAAGGAUGGAGAGACUAAGGACAACGUCAAUAUGGAUAUUGAGAUCCUACCCAAGAUCGCCAAAGAUAUGCUGGCUUACAGCCGUAAGCGGAAGGCGGAGAGCCCUUCCAGCGGUCGGCCCUAUAAAACGUGGAGAGAGGCCUUGGAGGUUGCAAAUAAAUAUGCGAUGGAGAGCAUCUGA